UAAAAAUGGAGAUAAGACAAAAGAGAAAACACUCAGUGUUGGAUACUUUCAGCUGUUUCGGUAUGCGACCUGGAAAGACAAUGUGAUGAUGGUGGUGGGGAGUUUAUGUGCCCUCAUCCACGGUGCAGCGUCGCCUCUCAUGCUUUUGGUUUACGGCAUGAUGACUGACACUUUUGUGGCUUAUGAGCUGCAGAGCCAAGAGCUCAAAGACCCCAAUAAAAACUGCACCAACAACAUCAUUUUCUGGGCCAAUGGAUCUGUGUACGUAACCGCUGAAAACAGGACCGUCAACUGCGGGAUCAAUAUUGAAGCUCAGAUGACCCUAUUUGCAUAUUACUAUAUUGGAAUUGGAUUAGGAGUUCUCUGCGUUAGUUACCUUCAGAUUGUCUGCUGGGUCAUAGCAGCUGCAAUACAGAUUCAGAAGAUCCGAAAGACUUUUUUCCGGAAUGUAAUGUGCAUGGAGAUCGGAUGGUUUGACUGCAAUUCUGUCGGGGAGCUCAACACAAGAAUAUCUGAUGACAUCAAUAAGAUCAACAGUGCGAUUGCUGAUCAGGUGUCUGUCUUUAUUGAGAAGCUUUCUACAUUUGUGUUUGGCUUCAUGGUUGGAUUCAUCGGUGGGUGGAAGUUGACUUUGGUGGUCAUUGGUGCAAGCCCGCUGAUCGGCAUAGCUGCUGCACUCAUGGCUAUGGCUGUGGCCAGGCUGACGGGACAAGAGUUGAAGGCCUAUGCAAAGGCGGGAGCCGUGGCUGACGAGGUCCUGUCGGCCAUCAGGACGGUAGCAGCAUUUGGAGGGGAGGAAAAAGAAGUCCAGAGGUAUAACAGAAACCUGGUGGAAGCUCAGAGCUGGGGUGUGAAGAAGGGAACAAUAAUCGGAGUGUUUCAAGGAUACCUUUGGUGCAUUAUUUUCCUCUGUUAUGCUUUGGCCUUUUGGUUUGGAUCUAAAUUGGUCAUUGACAGCCAGGAGUUGUCUCCUGGUAGUCUUAUCCAGGUAUUUUUUGGUGUGCUCAUAGCAGCCAUGCACCUUGGUCAGGCCUCGCCAUGCCUUGAGGCCUUUGCUUCUGGUCGUGCUGCAGCAGAGACGAUCUUUGAUACCAUUGACCGGGAACCAGAAAUCAAUUGUUUCUCAGAAGAGGGUGAUAAAUUAGACAGCGUAAGAGGCGAUAUUGAAUUCCACAAUGUCACAUUCUCCUAUCCAUCUCGCAGUGAAGUCAAGAUUUUAAAUAAUCUGAGUAUGCAGAUCAAAGCAGGAGAAACCACAGCUUGUGUUGGUCCAAGUGGCUCUGGAAAGAGCACAACCAUCCAGCUCAUCCAAAGGUUUUAUGACCCCAAUGAGGGAAAGGUGACUUUGGAUGGCCAUGACAUCCGGAGUUUGAACAUCCAGUGGCUCCGCUCUCUUAUUGGUGUUGUGGAGCAGGAGCCAGCGCUGUUUGCUACAAGCAUCGUAGAGAACAUUCGCUAUGGCCGACCAGGGGUAACCAUGGAAGACGUUAUCAAGGCAACAAAAGAGGCUAAUGCCUAUAAUUUUAUCAUGGAUCUGCCACAGAAAUUUGACACUCUAGUUGGAGAAGGUGGAGGUCAGAUGAGUGGAGGUCAGAAACAGAGGAUAGCUAUUGCACGAGCUCUGAUUCGAAACCCAAAGAUUCUACUUCUUGAUAUGGCAACAUCUGCCUUAGACAAUGAGAGUGAAGCUGUUGUGCAGGAAGCACUAGACAAGUUACGCAUGGGCAGGACAACAAUCUCUAUAGCGCACCGUCUUUCCACAAUUAGAAAUGCAGAUGUCAUCAUUGGUUUUGACCAUGGUCAGGCUGUGGAGAAAGGAACUCACACUGACCUUAUGGCAAGGCAAGGUGUCUACUUUACCCUGGUUACUCUUCAGAACCAGGACACAUCCAAAGCAGCAAAAGAUGCCUUCAGUGACUCUGAGGAAGUGGAUCAGGAUUUUAAAGUGAGCGAUUUUAGCUGUGGAAGCUACAGAUCUAGUAAAAGGUAAAUCCAGCUGGCAGCCAUGUUGCUUUUGUUUGAUAUUGCAAAAUGAUAUUAUCACCAUAAAGCUAAACUGAUACUCUCAUUAUACAUCCCAGCUAUGGUCGACUGCGAUCUCAAAGCGAAUUAUCAAAUGACUUUGUUCCCGAUGCUCUAACUGGCAGUCUCAAAGU